UUAUAGGUCCCCUAUCGCUGAGUUCCACGGUCCUGGGGAACCGAUGGGGUGGUCUAAUGGUGCUAUCCAUCCAACGGUUUUGGGAUAAAAGGGAAGCGGCGGGCGUCCCGCUUUCUUAUGCGGUACCGCUACCUGUCCACGAGAUUGUGUAGAUUUCCUGCCUCCUCUGCUUUCCGUGUCGGGCGUGUAAGCGAAGACAAGGUUUUCCAAGUCUUUCCUUUUUCCGCUUCGAAAGCGAUUUAAGCUCUUCAACUCGUGCGUCGAUGAAAUUUUGAGCGAUCCAAAUUCCAAAAAAGAAAACUAGCAAAACGAGGGCGUUCUCCUCCUCCGUUUUAUUGGCCCGAUCGAUCUCCGUCCUUGUUCUCCAGAGCGGAGUUCGAUCCGAUCCCAAUCCGCUGGGAAUCAGUAAAAUUUCUAGGGUUCGGGGCUCCUCCGCUGUAGCCGGUGAAGAUGGGAUCCGGGCAGGCGGCGGCGGCGGCGACUCAAUCAUCAGAAGACUUCGAGACAUCGAUCUCAGAACUUCGUGAGAAGCAUCGAAUGGAUCUAGAAAAUCUGACAUUGACAACCCAGCCUGUAAAGACUUUACAGCUUUUUAUUUUCGCUACUGUGCAAUAUCUUAGGCAAUCACUUCUAUAUAUUGUUGCAAAAGGUGGUUGGAUUAUGGUCUUCAUGGUCCUGGUAGCAGCAUUUGGGCUGCUACUUGUGACUGUUGAUGGGCCUCAUGAAAAGCACAUUCAGGAGUUCCUUCGCUAUUCCAGAUUUGUCUUGUGGUGGGUGGCUCUUGGGGUGGCAUCAUCAAUCGGUCUGGGAUCUGGCUUGCACACAUUUGUUCUGUAUCUGGGGCCUCAUAUUGCUCUUUUUACCAUAAAAGCAAUGAAUUGUGGUCGAGUUGAUCUGAAAACUGCUCCAUAUGAUACCAUACAGUUGAAAAGUGGACCUUCAUGGCUUGAAAAAGAUUGUUCAGAGUUUGGACCUUCAUUAUAUCAUCCACUACCUGGUUCACUAGUCAGGGUUCCUAUCAGCAGCAUACUCCCUCAGGUUCAGCUAGAGGCCGUUCUCUGGGGUUUGGGAACUGCACUUGGAGAGCUUCCUCCUUAUUUUAUAUCAAGAGCAGCACGCUUGUCAGGAAGGAAAGUGGAUGCUAUUGAUGAAUUGGAUGCUGCUUCUUCAAAGGAAGAUAGAUUUAUAUCAGCUUCCCUGAAACAAAUAAAACAUUGGCUCCUGUCACACUCACAGCAUCUUAACUUUUUUAUAAUAUUAAUACUCGCUUCGGUGCCAAACCCACUAUUUGAUCUCGCUGGUAUCAUGUGUGGACAAUUUGGAGUCCCAUUUUGGAAGUUCUUUCUUGCAACCUUUACUGGGAAGGCAAUAAUUAAGACUCACAUACAGACAACUUUUAUCAUUGCUAUGUGCAAUAAUCAACUUUUGGAAUUGGUGGAAAAUGAGUUAAUUUGGGUUCUUGGUCUCGUCCCUGGCUUUUCUUCUGUGUUGCCCAACAUAGUUGCAAAAUUGCACAUGAUUCAGGGCAAGUAUUUAUCACCUCCAGUUCCUUCUCCAGCUAUGUCAGAUAAAAUGGCAAAGCGGUGGAACCUAUCCUUUUCUUUGAUCUGGAAUACUCUGAUAUGGCUUAUGCUUAUAAAUUUCUUUGUUAAGAUAGUGACGGCCACGGCACAGGGAUAUCUGAAGAAACAGCAAGACUUAGAGUUGACUAAGAAGUUGUCAGCAUCAAAGUCCAAAACUGAGCCAAGCACGUGAUUUUCCAUUGAUGUUUCCUUCCCAGUUGAGCAACUUUGGAUUGAAGCAAUUAGCUUCAGUUGCUAGUUGCUUGUCCUCAAAGCUAAAUUUACUACAAGAAUUCCCCCGUGUUGUGUAUAUGAAUAGGAACUGAAAACGAUUGUUAUGGUGGAGGCAGGCUCUAUUUGUUCUUCUGCCUAGGGGAAAGAAUGUUAUGCAUUGCGUAGCGCUCGUGGUUAUUGUUGGAACAUGGGAACCUAGCUCUUCGAGAAAAUUCUCAACUUAUUGUUGAAGUGAUUUAAAGAAAUUAUUAAGAUUUAUUUAAUUUGUGGCUCACCUCCUGUUCAGACAGUCCCAACUAUUGUUUGUAACGUCCAUAAUAAAACAUGAUAAAAAGAGGGAAAUACAUGUAACAUAUUUUCUCCAUGUUGAAAAAGCAGAAUAUGUGAAGUCUCUACACUUGCCCUGGAAGAGCAAUGUUACCGGAAAGUGAUCUCCUGAGCAUAUUUAUUGUUGUUAUUUAGAGUUUGCUGAUGUUGGCUGUUCACUUUGAUUUGUCAUUGAGUUGUAUAACAAACAUUUCUGGUGGAAA